AUGAGGUUUCUUUGCUUGCAUGGUGCCGGCACUAACUCAGAUGUCCUUGACAUUCAAACUGGACCAAUCCGUGAUUCGCUCGACAGCAACGCCACGUUUAAGUUCUAUGAUGGGUUUUGUGACGUAGAACCAGUGGAAGAGAUCAAAAACAUAUUUGCCGGUCCCUUCUACACUUGGUACUCUCCUGGCCUCGGCGGUCGCACUCUCACAGAAGCCAAAGCCGAACUGCUCGAUCUCAUAGCGACUGAGGGACCAUUCGACGCCUGCAUGGGCUUCUCACAGGGCGCAGCCCUCCUUGCAGCUGUCAUCAUCGAUCAUCAGGUACAGAACCCAUUCGGGCCCAACCUAUUCAAAUUUGCCGCGUUCAUCUGUGGUGGGAGUCCCCUGCUUGUUACCAAGGCGCUAGAGCAGGACCAUCUUGACUACCAGCCAACUGUAGAUAGAAUGGCCCCAUUGACGGAGCCUUGGCUGGGUCCAUAUGUACCGGGCCACGAGCCACAUCCUGACGAACAGUGGAACAUGCUCGUGGCCCACAGAGUAAGGGAGGCUGGCUUAACUAUUCGGAUUCCCACAGCGCACAUCUAUGGGGCUAAGGAUCACACCGUCAAGGAAAGCCUGAACUUGAGGGACAUGUGUGAUCCCAGGAGGAGAGUUGAGUUUGAUCAUGGAGGAAGACACGAGGUACCCAGAGCCACUAGAGUUGUUCAGCAGAUGGCAAUGACGUUGAGGAGAGGAAUUGAUAAGGCCAUGACCGCUGUAUAG